ACCUGUUUGUCUGCUUGUUAAGAUGGUCUCUCUCUUUCUCCUCCAUCAGGUCGCUAAGAAUGUUGGGAACUGUAGUUUUAAUGAGAUCAUGGAGGCGGGGCUUCCAUCUCAGAGUGUGAAACCGUCUGCCAACAGUGACAUGUGAGUGUCUGUCUGUUUACCGCCUGUUUAACGGCCCUACAGUUCAGCUUUACCGCCUGUUUUUUACCGUCUGUUUUCAGGACGGCGAGGAAAGAGUUCAUCAACGCCAAAUACGUGGAGCGCCGCUUCAUCAGACGAACCGUCUCCGUGGCGACCAGCGGUCUGGACGAGGUGUGGGAAGCUGUUCAGUCCAGAGACCUCCUGUCAAUCAUCCAGCUGUACGCUGAGGGGGUGGAGCUUCUGCAGCCCCUCCCUGAACCUGGACAGGUGUGUUGGAGAAACCUGGUCCCCUUGGUUCCUUUAGGGGGGUCCUGGUUCCAGAGGUCCGGUUCUUAUAGGGGUCCUGUCGGGUUCUGAAACCACCCAAAUUACCCAGUCUUUGUGUGGUUGAGGGUUCAGGUCUUCAGACGUGUCCUCUGUCCUUCAGGAACCCGGAGAGACGGCGUUACAUCACUGUGUGAGAACAGCUGAUAGGUCCACGCUACACCUGGUGGACUUCCUGGUCCAGAACAGGUACGACCCUGAGGGUGUGAGAGACCAGGUCCUUUAGAGACCACUGGGUCAGCAGUGUGUUAUUUGACUCUGUGUUCAUGUGUGUGUGUGUGUGUGUGUGUGCGUGUGUGUGUGUGUGUGCGUGCGUGUGUGUGUGUGUGUGCAGCACUAACCUGAACUCUGAAACAGCUCUGGGGAACUCGGCUCUUCAUUACUGUUGUCUCUUUAACAAACCCGAGUGUGUGAAGCUGCUGCUGAGAGGGAAACCCAACAUCUGCUCCAGUAAGAGACCAGAACACACCUGAGACCAGAACACACCUGAGACCAGAACACACCUGAGACCAGAACACACCUGAGACCAGAACACACCUGAGUCCAGAACACACCUGAGACCAGAACACACCUGAGAACACACCUGAGACCAGAACACACCUGAGACCAGAACACACCUGAGUCCAGAACACACCUGAGACCAGAACACACCUGAGUCCAGAACACACCUGAGUCCAGAACACACCUGAGACCAGAACACACCUGAGAUAAAAUGACAUUUAAUCAGUUAUCUGUUGAUAGUCUGGUGAAUUAGUGGGAAAACCUCCUUAAAUCGGUGUUUUUCUGAAGGAGGUUUGGUUCUGAUCCACAUUAAAGUCUUCAGAGUCAGUUUAACAUGAUCUGGGUCAGACGGUUCUGAUGGGUCAGAGCUGUCCAGGUCUGAAAAAACCGUCUGAAUCCUGUCUCCUGUGUCCUCUCAGCCAAUCAGAACGGAGAGACAGCUCUGGACAUCGCCCGCAGACUGAAGAGCGCUCAGUGUGAAGACCCGGUAAGACCAGCUGACAGGUGUAAUAAUAAUAAUAAAAUAAUAAUGAUAAUAAAAUAAUAAUAAUAAUAAUAAUAAAUAUAGAACAUAAUAAUAAUAAUAAUAAUAAUAAAACAUAAUAAUAAUAAUAAAACAUAAUAAUAAUAAUAAUUAUUAUUAUAAUAAUAAUAACAAUAAAAAAACAUAAAAAUAAUAAUAAAACAUAAUAAUAAAAUAAUAAUGAUAAUAAAAUAAUAAUAAUAAUAAUAAUAAUAAUAAUAAUAAUAAUACUAAUAAUAAAAAUAAAAUAAUAAUAUUAAUAUUAAUAAUAAAACAAUAAUAAUAAUAAAACAUUAUAAUAAUAAUAAUAAAAUAAUAAUAAUAAUAACAAUAAUAAAAUAUAAUAAUAUUCAUAAUAAUAAUAAAAUAAUAAUAAUAAAACAAUAAUAAUAAUAACAAUAAUAAAAUAUAAUAAUAUUAAUAAUAAUAAUAAUAAAAUAAUAAUAAUAAUAAUAAAAUAAUAAUAAUAAUAAAAUAAUAAUAAUAAAACAAUAAUUUUAAUAAUAAUAAAAUAUAAUAAUAUUAAUAAUAAUAAUAAAAUAAUAAUAAUAAAACAAUAAUAAUAAUAAAAUAAUAAUGAUAAUAAAAUAAUAUUAAUAAUAAUAAUAAUAAUAAUUUUCUUAUCAGAGACGCUCAAAACUCUUUACAUUCAUUCACUCACACAGUCACACCUUAGUGGUGGUAAACUUCCUCAGAACUCACAGCUGACCUGAAACAGACUGACGGAGACAUGGCUGCCAGUGUCUGACCGCCACACAAUCACACACAACACACACCAGUGAGGACACACACUCAAACACACUUAUCUCACCUCCUCUGAUGGUUCGAAUCCUCCUGAGAGUCCGUUAAAGGAGCAGUUCAACAUUUCUGACCACGUCAGCUCACCUGUUAGCGUGCUACGUUUGAGACGCUGUACUUUAUGCUGCUAACGUUGGUUCUGUCCUCCUCCUGUCCUCCUCCUGUCCUCCUCCUGUCCUCCUGUCCUCCUCCUGUCCUCCUCCUGUCCUCCUCCUCCUGUCCCAGCUGGUGGAGGCGGUCUCUGGACGGUUUAACCCUCAUGUCCACGUGGACUACGACUGGAACCUCCGAUUGGACGAGCUGGAUGAGAGUGACGAUGAGCUGGAGGACAAGGUACCAAAGACCGAGGAGCUGCUCCUCCUCCUCUCUCUGUCUCCUCCUUCACCUCCUCACUUUGUCUCCUCCUCCUCUCUCUGUCUCCUCCUCACUCCUCCUCCUCUAUCUGUCUCCUCCUUCACCUCCUCUCUCUGUCUCCUCACUCCUCCUCCUCUCUCUGUCUCCUCCUCCUCUCUCUGUCUCCUCCUUCACCUCCUCUCUCUGUUUCCUCACUCCUCCUCCUCUCUCUGUCUCCUCACUCCUCCUUCUCUCUCUGUCUCCUCCUUCACCUCCUCUCUCUGUCUCCUCCUCUCUCUGUCUCCUCACUCUGUCUCCUUCUCUCUCUGUCUCCUCCUUCACCUCCUCUCUCUGUCUCCUCCUCUCUCUGUCUCCUCACUCCUCCUCCUCUCUCUGUCUCCUCCUUCACCUCCUCACUUUGUCUCCUCCUCCUCUCUCUGUCUCCUCCUCUCUCUGUCUCCUCCUUCACCUCCUCUCUCUGUCUCCUCCUCUCUCUGUCUCCUCCUUCACCUCCUCACUUUGUCUCCUCCUCCUCUCUCUGUCUCCUCCUUCACCUCCUCACUUUGUCUCCUCCUCCUCUCUCUGUCUCCUCCUCUCUCUGUCUCCUCCUUCACCUCCUCACUUUGUCUCCUCCUCCUCUCUCUGUCUCCUCCUUCACCUCCUCACUUUGUCUCCUCCUCCUCUCUCUGUCUCCUCACUCUGUCUCCUUCUCUCUCUGCCUCCUCCUUCACCUCCUCACUUUGUCUCCUCCUCCUCUCUCUGUCUCCUCCUCUCUCUGUCUCCUCCUCCUCCUCCUCCUCCUCCUGCAGCCCAGUCCGGUGAAGAAGGAGCGCUCCAGUCGUCCUCAGAGCUUCUGUCCGUCCUCCAGCGCCUCCUCUCAGGAGAAGCUCUCCCGCCCCGCCUCCUUCCUUCCUCCUCAUCGGGACAAACAGCGUCUCUCCUACGGAGCGUUUGCUAACCCGGUCUACAGCACCUCCUCUGACGCCCCCCCGUCCCCCGGCCCGGACUCCUCAGGACCCCCCACAGCUGCGGCCCGGAGCCUGGGCAGAGGUACGAGGAGGAGGAGGAGGAGGGGGAGGCGUUCUGCUCUGACCACAGGGGGGAGGAGCCAACUCUAAUUAACGAUGUUCCCCUCUUAGGCCCCGCCUCCAGCCCGCCUACCUCCCUGGCCCUGAUUGGUGGCGGUGGGGGGAGCUCCACCCUGAAGAAGAGACCGCCCCCCCCUCCUCCGGGACAUAAGCGAGCCUUGUCGGACCCCCCCAGCCCGGUUCAGGGACCGGCAGGUAGAGGUGAUCCCACCCUCGUCACUGAUUGGUUGAUAACGUGCUGAUGUCACUGUUUCUGUUCAUGAGCGUCUGACCAAAUAUGGUCGUGUCCUUAAACAGGAAGUGAGUUGACCCCCCCAGCUGGGAUCAGGAGCAGCAGGUUCGAGGGGAUCCAGCAGAGGUACUCGGACUCUCAGGUACAGGUAGGACUAACACAGGUGUGAACCUGCUGACCUUUGACCUCUGCUCACCUCCUUCAGUUUGACCUCCAGUAACCCCAAAUCCACCCUGGGACCCCGAGUUCUCCCCAGACUACCUGAGAAAGGUGAGACCUCCAUCAGACUCGGCCCUGAGUCAUCUAGACUGUCUUAUAUCUAUGCCUGAACCCUGCAGACCUUUGACCUUUGACCUUUGACCUUUCCUCUCAGUGGCUCUGAGGAAGAUCGACACCAUCCACCUCCCGUCUGUGGACCACAGACCCAGCCAGCCUCCAGACCUCCUCCUAAAGCCCUCCUCCCCCCAGCCCGACUCCCAGAAAUCUCCCCCCUUCAUCGACGCCUCCCCUAAAUCCCUCCUCACCCCUGUUGACUCCGCCCACAGAGUCCCAUUGGCUGAGAAGCCUCCGCUGUUUGACCUCCCUCCAAAGCCCCUCCUCAGAGACCUCCCACCAAAACCCUCCAUCACUGACCUCCCCCCUAAACCCCUCCUCAAUGACAGGCCGGUUGCUAUGGAGACACAGGAAUCCAAGAUGGCGUCAGCAGCAGAGUCACGUGUCCAGCAGGAGGGGCGGUCCCCUCCACCCGACGAUGACGGCGAUGACGGCGAUGACUCUCUGCCCGUGGAGACGCCUGUUCCUCUGCCGCGCACUAUCACCCCCGUGAGUCCUAUCAUCAUCAUCAUCUUCAUCAUCAUCAUCUUCAUCAUCUUCAUCAGUGACAGGUCAUGUGACUCACAGGUGAACUCUCUCCACAGGUGAGGAGUAAAGCUCGCCGGGUCAGAACCAUCUAUGACUGUCAGGCCGACAACGACGACGAGCUGAGCUUCAGCGAGGGGGAGGUGAUCAUCGUGACCGGAGAGGAGGACCAGGAGUGGUGGGUGAGUCUCUGUGGACCUCAGAACCACAUCAGUCCAGGACUCUUCUCCUACAGAACCAUGAUGGUGUCAGGAUGUGGUUCUGGAUCAGAUGAAGGUCUGAAAACCGAAUUAUCGCCUUAUUCCGAUUAAGACCGAACAACUGAAGGUCAUGGAAACACUUUAGAGUCGGAGAACUUCGAUUAAAACACUCAGAUUAUGUGAUUGAAAUCCGAUUUUCUCAACCCUGUAACCAGCGUAGUCGGAGUAUGAUCAGAUGAUGCAUGUACGCCACGCCCCCAUAACCCUGGAGCAAAAACACCAGAGAGGAAGGGCCGCCAUCAUUUAAAGUUUUGACUCACCCCCAAUAUCACGUCUGGAACAACAAGUCCAACCAGAUCUGUUUGUGAGGAGAAUUUCGUGGCAGAUUACAGACAGCAGGAAUCAUGAGAACUCUCCAGAACCUGCAGAUUCACGUUCAAUCUCACGAUAACGAGUUGUCUCCAUAAAGACAGACACAUAGACAUAUAAGCAGUAGAUUGUGUCCUUCCAGAGGAGGAAAUCUACUUCUAGACUUCUAGAAUCAGCAUCUCCUCAUCCAUGGUGUCAUCGGGGUGAAAUGACGUCUAAAAACCUUUCACUUGUUCGUCUCCGCCCGUUUUGAAAGAAGUCGGUGUAAAUCGACACGUUAACUUGAAUGGUUACGAUCAGCUACGAUCGGAGGAUACGACCUUUUAGUAACCAUGGAAACUGCGAGUGUCCUGAGGUCUGAUGGAUCAAAAUCUCAACUGGUCUUGAGACGUUUCACCAAAGGCGAAAUGUCUCAAGUCCAGUUGUCCUUUCUAUGCUGUGACUCCAACUCCAGAGUCCAGUCUGUUUUUAACGCCCUGAAGAUCAGGACCAUCCGGUCCUGGUUCUGGUCCUGGUCCUGGUCCCCCUUUAGUACAGAGGUUUCUCUGAUGUCCCGUAAACAUGAAACUGUUGAUCUGUUCGCUCACGCGGUCUCUCACAGAGUCCUGAUCCUCUGACAGACUCCGCCCCUCUGAAGGUCUCACCUUCUCACCUGUUUGGUUGUUCCUUUAAACACUGAGUCUGACGGUCAGGUGAUCAGCUGCUGUGAUCUGAUUGGUCAUGUGACUGUCUCCUUUCAGAUCGGACACAUCGAGGGACAGCCGGACAGGAAGGGCGCCUUCCCCAUGUCCUUCGUCCACAGCCUGUGUGAUUGA